AUCGUUGAACAAGAGCUUCAAUUUUGCCCUAUAUAUUCAGUGAUCGAGUUAUAUUGCGCAGUGUCUACAAGCGGUUCGUUGUUGAGGUCACCGGAUCUUUGCCAAGUCAGGUGACUGUUUGCACCACAGUGAACUCGCAGUCCCCACACAUUGACCAUCACCAUCCCUCAAAAUAUUUCAUCAUGUCCGACCCAGCAGUCACUCAACAUCCCCCUGCAAUCAGAGUGGGAGGUCGUCGGCUCUCAGUGACCUCGCGCCCGAGGCCUCGUGCCAAUUCGGAAGCUACUCCAAACCUUGGCACAAAUCAAACCCAGAACACUGAUUAUCCGCGCCCGGCAGGCCAUGGCGAUGAGGAACCACACGUCCCUCCACACAACGAAGAAGAUAUUCCAAAGAAGAGGAAACAUCACGGGCAGGGGAACCACGACGACAACAGGCUUCAAGAGAGCGCUUAUCGCAAGGCAGAGGCUAGUAGGCCCACCAAAGACAAUGUCGGCGGUAAGAGUGGCUAUGGAGGUGGAGGCAGGAUUGCUCAACCUGCGGGCAAGAGCUUCGGAGUCUAAGAAAAAGCCUUGUGUAGUUCGAGAAUGCUGGAUUCAUUGAAGGGAGAAAGAUCAUGUGUACCACGAUAGCGCGUCGCUGUACCACCAGUGUAUUUG